AUGUCGUUUGAAGAAUCUGCUCUUGUUACCAAACUGCAGCACCUCAACAGCACUCAGCAGAGCAUUCAGGUUACUUCCCAAUGGAUGAUUUUCCAUCGAAAGCAUGCAAAAGCUUGUGUUGCCAUAUGGGCCCAAGAACUGGCAAAAGCAAAUCCAUCCAAGCGUCUUGGAUUUCUCUAUCUUGCAAGCGAUGUCAUUCAAAACUCGAAAAAAAAGGGAGAAGACUAUGCUAACGAGUUUGGCGAAAUUAUACCUGCAAUAUUUGCUACAACCCUAUGUCAUUUGGAUCCAGAAACCAAGGGAAAAGUUAAACGGGUUGUAGAUGUUUGGAGAGAACGCACCGUCUACACUGACGAGUUUUUAAAUCUCCUGCUAAAGAAUAGCAAUAUCUCUAACUCGAAACCGCCCUCUAAUACAUCUGGUGCAUCAUCUUUACACAAGCAGCAAGCGACUAUGCCUUUAGAAUUACAUGGUAUAUCCAGUAAGCUUCAGCAAAUUAAAAAUGGCGAAGCUUUGAAAAUUGCGUCCAUCACUAGCAUGAAUGGUUUAAAAUCAUCCGUAUUUAAUCCAUCCGAAAACGAAAUUUCUGUCAAAGAAAUUGCUAAUGCUAAAAAGGUUGUCAAGGUGCAUUUGGAAAUGCUGACAUCAGAAAUCGACAUUCGCAAACAGCUAAUAGCCGAACUCAAUGCAUUAACUAAUCGUCAAAACUCUGCGAUUAAAGAGCUUUGUCAUCAGCAAGAGAUGACAUUUGAGAAACUUGGACAGCUCGAGUCGCACUCUGCUUUCUUAGCUUCAGCAACGACAGGAUCAAACUCAACGGUUGGAAACUUGUCUGUCAUGCCUACUCCAGUAGACUCUCCGCCAUCAUUUGACGCACCCAACGCACCUACAAGCGGAGCUGAUGACGACACGCUCAACUCUUUAAAUAUAGUUCGUUUUUCAGAGCUGUCUAGUCUUCCCCCACUUGUUGAUAGCAAUGCAAUAUCACUUGGAAGUAUAUCGUUUGGAGGAAUACAUCAAGCAACAUUGGAUCGGAUUUCAAUGAAUUGGCCAGAAGAUACAACACUUGGGUUUGAUUUUUCAUAAAUAAAUUGCUUUUUAUUGCAUC